CUUGCGAACCCUGGUCCGUGUCCACUGUCCACCCUAAGUAGGAAUGGAGAUAUAAAGUGCAGAACAGCAGAUUAUACAUACAACUCUCCCUCUCUGGGGAUCGAUCGAGUACCGUCGCGGUUGGAAAGCCAGAACCUGUCCAGAGGCUAACUAUACUCUCCAACACCUCCAUCUUCAUCAAAGCUGUCACUUUUUCAUCCAAAGAAAAAGAAGAUAAAAGGGUAAGUUAACAUUGAGGAGAAGGGAGGCGAUUUGACUACCAUGCAAUAAAAACUAGAGCCUAUACAGAUCAAACAAGGUCCAUUGAAAUGCUUAUUUCUUGAUUCUUCUGCUGGAGAAGAACUCAAUUCCCUCAUUUUUACUUGAGGAUUUGAAGCUGACCUUACUAGACGGGAAUAGAGUGGAAGGGAAUAGUUGGAAGAUGCUUCAGAUCCGGCUUAGCAAUCCAGCCUCAGAAGGUGGUGGAGGGGCAAAGGCUUUGCCAGUGGACACUGUGACGGUUGCAUGCCCUGACCACCUUGUUCUUGCUGAUCUUCCUGUGGCCAAGAGCAUCGGUUCGGCAACUGCAGGUUCCCUUGUGAAGACCGUAGGUCGCAGGUCCCGCCGCCAGCUUGGAGAGCGAGUUCAUUUCUGUGUGCGAUGUGAUUUUCCAAUUGCAAUAUAUGGACGUCUGAGCCCGUGUGAGCACGCUUUCUGUCUCGAUUGCGCAAGAAGUGAUUCUAUCUGCUAUCUUUGUGAUGAACGUAUUCAGAAGAUUCAGACGAUCAAAAUGAUGGAAGGAAUCUUCAUCUGUGCAGCCCCUCAUUGUCUCAAGUCCUUCCUAAAGAAGUCUGAAUUUGAAUCUCACAUUCACAGGACCCAUGCUGACCUUCUCCAGCCCAAUAGAGAGAAAGAAGAUGUAAAUGAAUCAGAGGGUGUCAGUGCCAAACAAUCUACAGCUUUAGAUUCCACUGGUCGAGCACCAACAAGGCCAGUCUUCUCUCCUAAUUCAAGUUCUCAGGUUAAUGAUCGUGAAGACAAGGCUUCUCGUUCGCAACCCAGAGACCAACCACCUCCCAGGUCAAUUGUACUGCCAAAGCCACCCCAACCACUUUUUGGGCAAAUUCAAAGUCAUCCAUCAGAACCUCAAACAGAAAACAACCGUCCACAAGGCUUUGACAGGCCUGGGUCCCACAACCCUUACCCUCAGCAGGGCUUUGGCACACAGGGUGGCCUGCAGCAAGAAUCUGGCCAGUUAUUGGACAAGCAGCAAGGAAUUCUAUCUGAGAUUCCAUUUUCUGAAUAUUCCCCUAUGUCUGCCCAUCCACCACCCAAUUAUGCGGUCCCCAUAAAUUCAAAUCCAGUUCUGGCGCCGCCUCCAUUUGGUUACCCUCCUUUUCCACCUGAGGGAGCUCGACCCUUUUAUGGUGCUCCCUAUGAGAUGGCACGGCCAGAUUCAGCGCCUGAAGUUGGAUCAGAACAGGGGUCCUUGUUGGGUUUUCCACCAGGUCCAGCAGGGGGGGUGAAUUUCUCAGACGGUUAUCCUCGGCCAUGGAUUAUGGGACCGGCUGGUGUACCUUUUCAAGCUUAUAUAGCUGGUCAGGGAAUUGAGGAUGGUUCUGCGAACAUGUCAGAUUCUCAAGGAAGAGUUGCAUAUUUUCAUAGUGAUUAUGGUCGGGAUACUGGAGUUCUGGCCUCAAAUAUGCCUCCCUCUUCAGCUAACAAGGGGAUGGAACCAGUACAGGAUGCUAUGGAACCAAGGGAUAGCAGGGGUAUACUGGCACCACAGCCCCUGCCACACCCACCACUGCCUCCACCACCCCCUCCUCAUUUGUCACAACAGCUCAAACGAGCUGGUCGUGAUGGACAGAACUUUGGGUGGCAGAAUGAGAAGCGUGAUAGCUUUGGAAGUGGCCAGGAUUUGUGAAGCUGCUGGUUUCUUUUUGUUCUAUCGUGUGCUUUUUCCUUUUGGAACUCUUAUUGCAUUAUCUAUUAAUACAUGGUCUGUAUUUCCUGGUUCA